AUGGAUAUCGGAAAGAGAGACAGAGAUAACAGAGAUAGCUACACAGAGACUGUGGGAGAUUUUGGUGCUGAAAAUCGAGAUCUUGCCAAUGAGAAUCGAGAUUUCAUGGAAUGGAUAUGGGGAUCCAAUAGCUGCAUUAAGAAAGAAAGGAAUGCUCUGUUCGAGCUCAAGAAAUACAUAAUCUCACUUUCUGAAGACGGGGAAUCCAACGAUCAUCUCACUACUUGGGCUAAUGACACAAAGAGCGAUUGCUGCAUGUGGAAAGGCCUUAAGUGUGAUGCUACUAGCGGGCGGGUUAUCCAGCUUUCCAUCAGCCUACUAAGUUCGAAGUCUAGACUGUCUGCAUUCAGUAGCUUGUUUGAUGAUGUGGAAGGUUAUAGAAGCCUCAGGAAAUUAAGAAACCUCAAGACUCUAAAUCUCUCUUCAAAUUAUUUCAACAACAGCAUCUUUCCUUUCCUUAGUGCCGCUACAUCACUCACAACUCUGUCUCUUAGGUACAAUGACAUGGAUGGCUCUUUUCCUGUUAAAGAACUUAGAGAUUUGAUGAACUUGGAAGUGCUAAACCUAAGUGGAAACAGAUUUAACGGCUCCAUACCAAUACAAGAGUUCAGUUACAUGAGGAAGCUGAAAGCUUUGAGUCUAAGUGGCAAUGAAGUUUCUGGAUCAAUUGAAUUGCAAGGAGUGUGCAAAUUGAAACAUAUAGAAGAGCUCGAUCUCAGUAGCAACAAGCUUGUCGGUCAGUUUCCAUUAUGCAUAACUAGCUUGACUGGACUUCGAGUCCUUGAUCUCUCGUCGAACAAUUUGAUUGCAUCUUCUCACUUGUUUUUGGAAGUCAAAAUUUCAGUUGAGUGUUAUUUCACUGGGAAGUUGCAAUUUGGAGAAGAUGUGAUACCAAAAAGCUUUUCAGGCCUGAAGAACGUGGAAAGCCUUGAUCUUUCUUUCAAUAGAUUACAAGGUCGGAUCCCACCACAACUUACAGAUCUUAGCAGCCUUGUUGUCUUCAAUGUCUCAUUCAACAACUUAUCAGGAGUCAUUCCAGAGGGAAGACAGUUUAACACCUUUGAUACGCAAAGCUACUUGGGUAAUCCUUUUCUUUGUGGGCAAGCAAACAAAAUAAGUUGCAAUGGUAAUAUUUUUCAAGAACCAGACAAUGGAGUCGAAGCUGAUGAAUCCACCACAAUCGACAUGGAAUCUUUCUACUGGAGUUUUGCUGCAGCUUAUGUGACAAUACUUCUUGGGUUACUCGCAUCACUCUCAUUUGAUUCUCCUUGGAGCAGAGUUUGGUUCUACAACGUUGAUGUUUUCGUCCACAAGGUUAGGAAACUGUUGUGA